UUUGCGCAUGCGCGUUGUAUGAUGACAGUUCCAUAGCAACCGCUGAGGAUAACAUGGCAAAAUCAACCACGAUUAAAGAGGCUCUGGCCAAGUGGGAGGAGAAAUCAGGAGAAAAAGCAGGUGAUGCCAAAGAGGUGAAGCUCUAUGGCCAAAUCCCACCUAUUGAAAAGAUGGAUGCGUCUCUCUCCACCCUCACUAACUGCGAGAAACUGUCCUUGUCAACCAACUGUAUUGAAAAAAUCGCCAACCUGAAUGGAUUAAAGAACCUCAAAAUAUUAUCCUUGGGUCGUAACAACAUCAAAAACCUUAACGGACUAGAGGCAAUAGGGGAUACGUUGGAGGAACUGUGGAUCUCCUACAAUCUCAUAGACAAGCUAAAAGGGAUCCAUGUAAUGAAGAAGCUCCGUGUCUUGUACAUGUCCAACAACUUGGUCAAAGAGUGGGGGGAGUUUGUGAAACUGGCAGAGCUUUUAACACUGGUAGACCUGGUGUUUGUGGGCAACCCUUUAGAAGAGAAGUACUCCACUGAGGGCACCUGGAUAGAUGAGGCCACCAAGAGAGUCCCUAAUCUGAAAAAGCUUGAUGGGAUCCCUGUGAUUAAGCAAGAAGAGGAAGAGAAAGAGGCAGAAAGUUAAUAUCUUUUUCUAUCCUAUAAUUUUUAUGAAUUCACUACAACAUGCUAGCGAUGAAGAGAGUUUAAAGUAUUUGUGGGUUUUAUACGUGGACUUAAUUUUAAUUUAUACAAUUCUAACAGCUGAUACAAACUUUAAAAAAUAUUAUAAAAAAACAAACAAAUAAAUAAAUGAAUAAUAAAGGUCUUACAUAUAAGCUGAUGCACUUCACCAGUUUAUGACAACUUUUUGGCAUUAUGUAGCUUUCUGUAGUUGUCUGUGUGACUGUAAUUUAAACAUAUCAUAUUUAUGGUGUUGUAAAUUUUUUGGUGUACAGAACAACACACUUAAGGCAUAAAUGGAAAAAUUUUAACAUUUUGUAGCAAAUUAAAGAAAAAAUUAAGAAUGUAUAAUAACGGAUGCAUUUUAAAAUGUUAAAUCCGUCUAGUCUUUUUUUUUGUUGAUGUUUGUUUUAGCAGUGACUUUGAAAGAUUUUUGUAAUGUGAUUUUUACUUUUUUUUAAGAACAAUUUCUAUGAUGUAAAGUUGUGUGUGAUCGAUAUAUCA